AUGGCUUCUUCUUCAAUAUCCAUAACUUCUGGAGUUUUUUUGGUGAUUUUUGUGUGGCUAUGGAGUAGUUGUUUGUAUGCUAAUGGAUGCUAUACGUCCAUCAUCAGCUUCGGCGACUCCCUUGCUGACACCGGUAACCUUAAACAGCUCGCCUCGAUAUCCAACCGAGUGCUUCCACUUUUUUUACCACCUUACGGCGAAAACUUCUUGAAUCAAUCCACCGGACGUUGUUCUAAUGGCCGCCUCAUCAUCGACUUCCUUGCUGAGAGGCUCGGGUUGCCAUUGGUACCACCAUUUCUACAAGACAAGGGGAACAACAACAUGGUGACAUUCAAACAAGGAGUGAAUUAUGCAGUGGCGGGUGCUACAGCGUUGGAUCGAUCAGUUCUUGAACCAAGAGGGAUUGUAAAUCCCAUGACAAAUGCGUCUUUAGGAGUUCAGUUAGCAUGGUUUAAACAAUCAUUGCCUUCUAUUUGUGGCAACGAAUCAAAUUGUAGAGAUUUUAUUGGACGAUCUUUGAUCCUUGUCGGAGAGAUCGGAGGAAAUGAUUACAACUAUCCAAUUCUUUGGGGAAAAUCCGUCGAAGAGGUUGAAUCAUUUGUUCCUCUUGUUAUCGAUAUAUCAUCAUCUCAGCAAGAAUUGAUUGAAAUGGGUGCCAAGACACUAGUUGUUCCAGGAAACUUUCCAGUUGGAUGCUCUGCAUCCUAUUUGACAGUUUGCGGUUCGGAGAAAGAAGAGUAUGAUCAUGUGACCGGAUGCCUCGUUAGGUUAAACCAGUUUGCUGAAUACCACAACAAAUUGCUACAAACAAAAUUAAAGCAAGUUCAAGAUCUUCAUUCUGAUGUCAACAUCUUCUAUGCCGAUUACUACAAUGCUGCCAUGGAAAUCUACCUUUUUCCGUAUAAAUAUGGGUUCACCAACGGAGCUUUGAAGGCAUGUUGUGGAGGUGAAGGGCGGUAUAAUGUCGAUCCAUCAGUGGAAUGUGGAGAUGCAUCGGCAACCGUGUGUGAUGAACCCGAUACAUAUGUCAGUUGGGACGGAAUUCAUCUAACCGAAGCAGCAUACAGAAUAAUUUCCAAAAAUUUGUUUACUACACCUCAAUUUAAUUCAUUGUGUUCUACAUCAACUUCAGGAGUUGGGUUAUUAGGUUCUAUGUGAGCAAUUUGUAUGAAAUAUGUGUUAGCAAUUUUGUAACAAACAUAAUUUAUAAAACUAUGUGUUAGUAAUUUUGGCUACAAUGAAUAGUGAGUGUGAACUA